CGCCCAGAUUUCAAAAUGUCAUCACCUUUACCGGGUGUGCAGGAGGACAUUUUAGAAAAAAUAUUGGGUGUGCACUUGCCUGGUCUAGUACCAUGUGCUAUUUACAAUGAAAGCGGCCAUCUUGGAACUUUUCUGAUAGUCUCUGUUUCAAGUGUCCUCGAAGUGAAUGGAAUUCAGUUCAAUUCGAAGAAAAACAAAAACCCACAGCAGAACUUGGCGGGGAAGAUCUUGUCUCGUGGCGUAGAAGUGAGCACGAUGUCAAAGAGGCCAAAGAGCAAAGAAUUAGUAUCAACGUCAGAUUCUGAUAACAGUGGAGAUGACCGAAAGGAAAAGAAAAAGAAGCAGAAAAAGCCAGAGCCUGAAGAGUCAGAUGAAGAAGUAACAGUUUGGGAGCUUGGCAAAAGAAGAAAAGUAUCAAUAAAUAACUUCAAAGGAAGAUUAUUGGUUGACAUUAGAGAAUAUUACGAGACUGAUGAUGGAACAGAAAAACCUGGGAAAAAGGGAAUUUCUUUGUCGGUUGAUCAGUGGAAAAAGUUGAAAGAGAUUAUACCUAAAGUAGACAAGGCAUUGACUUGAUAAGAGAAAUACAACCGUGCUGUUUCGUUUUAAAGACACUGGAGUUCACUCUUCACCACCCAUUGGUCGUAUGGUUAGUUAGUAUCUUCCACAUUAAAAAGCCCAGCUGAGGAGAAAAAACGCGCUGGAGUCCCCCAUUACAGUAACUGUAUAAUGCCACUAACUGUAGUACCAAGCUGUUUAAUGUGCUGAUAAUAUUGUCAUAUUGGUAUGUUACUUGGAUUAAUAUUGCUUGCUCAUUUGA